AUGACCAGUUCGAUUUGGAACGAAAAUCCAACAUUUUACAUUUGGACCCGUCAACUCAUUUUUGGGCUUCUCACUUUUUUAUAUCCUUUGAUUUUUUAUCUGGUUUUGUGCAGGACUCCCAAACAAUUUGGGAACUUGAAGUGGUUUCUGAGUUUUCAUAUUUUUGCAAUAACCUGUCAAUGGCUGUGCAGUUUCUUACUAAUCGAUUUCUACACAUUCGUCCCAUCAAAAAUCACUCGAAUCGACGGAUUAUUAAUUGAUUUUAUCGAUGCAAAAGUGCUCUACACUUCCAUGUAUAUUUUAUCUGCCUUGUCAACUUCCUCUUGUCUUCUACUGUUUUGUAACUCGGUGUUCAACAUUUUCAACAUGUUAAGAAACAACAAAUCUUGGUUGAGAACAUUCUCAGAAUGGUUGGCUUGGACUUUUGUGUUGAUGUUCCCAUUUAUGUCACUUCUCGGUUUCACAAUACGUGAUCAGCCAAAUGUGAAAGCUUUGACCAAACAGAUCUCUUCAUAUUACCCCGACUGCAUUGACAACCCUAACGUAAUAGUACCCAUAUUGCCGGAUGCGGAAGGUCAGAAAAAAUCACUCGUAUUCUUUCUAAUGUAUCUAUUUACAAUGGCAACCGCCAGCAUAUUGUCUGCCCAGCUUAUUUCACACUUGCUCUCAAAACGAAUGACAAAUCAGUCGGACAAAACCAAAAAGAUGCACCAAAAAUUCAACCGUCGAAGUCUGUUUCAAGUGUUAAUUGAUAUUUCCUUCACCUCAUUUCCAUAUAUUAUUUCAAACUUUGCAACGCUUUUUCAGUGGAGAGUUCCUGAACUUACGUACUUUGUGGAUUUUAUGUCGAAAAGUGGCUCAACAGCUUGUAUUUUUGUGAUUUUUAUGUAUUAUGAUCCCUAUCGGAAAUGGUUACAAGAGAUUGUUGCUCGGAAAAGUACACAGACAUCCGUGAGACAUGUGACCAUUGCUGUGAUGGAUAGAGGUGGCAAUGAGCCGUGA